AAGUCCACUGCGCCCGAAUGAUAAGCGACAAAGUUAUUGGGAUCACUUAAAUUUUUAUCUCUCAGGACUAGGAGUUCCUUUGAGUGAACCGCAUGUUGCCUAUUAUCCUCGCGUUUAAUACGCUGAGUGGAUCUUCAUUAAAACUCACCCGUGGACCAUUUAUUGCUUUACUCGUAAACCUUCGAAUAAUUGCCUCUUAAAAAUGUGGACAGUUUGUUGUGGUAUUGGUCUAAAGAAGAAAAGCAAAAUGGUGCAAAAUGAUAAAACCGCAGAAUGCAAACGCGCGCGAAGCAUUACCCCAGAACAAAACGAACACUUAGUUCUUCCAGAGUCUUUUGAUGGGAUAAAGAUACACGACGAACCUAUCAUAAACGGAGGCUAUUUGAAACAUGAACGACGAAGUUUACCUGAUGUGGUUAUUCCAUCCACUGUCAUUUCUGCCAGACGAUUAUUUGGUGAUCAACGUCCAAGCUUUCAGAUAGAUUCUGAGACCGGAAGGCGUCCGACUUUGGAUAUUGAAGCCACAGCUCUGCUGGCUAAAUCGGAGAGUAUAGGAUUUGAUAGCUCCGACGAAGGUCUCAGAAGGCUACUUUCAACUCGACAUAGCGACACGGACGCUGUAUAUCACAGAGUUGAGGGCUUAGGAAAACAAUUAUUUCAGGACUCAUCACCGACCAAAGAAUUAACUAAAAAUGGUUGUUUUCAGAGUCCACCGAAGACCAAUGUAGUCGUGAAUACUAAAAGAUUUAACUUCACCCGGUUGCUCUCCCACAGCCUUACUAAAACUCUGUCUAGAAAACGAAACAUCCAAAGACCUGCUGACAGUGAGAGCUCUCCUUCAGUAAAAUUCCCUCAACAUGUGAGUAAGGGUGGUGGAACAUCAGAAACGUCGGUAUCCAAAGAUGAUGAUAUAUCUGACCUUGAAGGUUCCAAAGACAGUUUGGGGCAACUUCCAUCCUCCGGAAGGCCCGGAUUAGGUCGACUCAAUGUAAAAGUUCUUGAUUCAUGUGUACAUGGGUUGAAAGACAAAUUCCCGUCAAGUGACACAAGCACGGGAGAUAACAGACCGUUUGUUCGAACUUCAGAUAAUUUCCGAAGGGGUUCCCUUUGUAUUUUCAGUCAUCUGGAGGAACCCAUCGUUACUCCGUUUGCACAAAUUCUGGCAAGUCUUCGAAGGGUCCGAGCCAAUCUUAUUCUGCUUAUAAACGCAACAAGCUCAAAAGAUUCGCGAUUGGGUACUUCACACACCACUGCGAGUGGGGAUUCAAUUGGAGCCACCCCAAUCCCCGGCUCGUGUGAACAGUCCAGAUUGACAGCCACUGAGACCCUGGACGAGUUGGAAUGGUGCUUAGAGCGGUUGGAAAAUAUCCAAACUCAUCGAUCCGUUAGCGACAUGGCAACGAGCAAGUUCCGCAAAAUGCUCAAUAAAGAGCUCAGUCAUUUCACUGAAGGUGGCCGAAAUGCGAAACAAAUCUCCGAGUAUAUAUGCUCAACAUUUCUGGAAUCUAAGGAAGUCGAUGGAGGGAUGCCAUGCACUCAUCCAGGUGAACCACCUUUGUCGGAGGAGGUGACCGGUCCACUUACCGACUCCCAACGAAGUUCCACAACAGAACGAAACAGUGAGAGCAACUCGGUGUCGGAUUCUAGUUCUCAUGGCAAAAUGCAAGGCGAGACUACACACCCAACAGAAGCAACUGGUAACAAACUUGCAGUAUCUGACUCAGUCACUGAGAUGCCCACGCAUCUAUUACCUCACGGAAUAGCGUCCUCACAUCCGGAGCAAUUAAGCAAGCUUUUAUCCACCAAGUUGGAUCUUUGGGGUAUGGAUGCGUUUGAAUUGGGAAAGCUGACCCCGAAUCCUCUCACUUGUGUCUUCUACGCUAUUUUACAGAAACGUGGCCUCAUCAAACGGUUUUGCAUUCCCGAAAUGAAUCUGAUUCGCUAUAUGAAAGUUGUGGAGGAGAAUUAUCACGACGUUCCCUAUCACAACCGAUUGCAUGCAACGGACGUUGUCCAAUCCGCUCAUGUUCUGCUCAGUACACGCUCAGUUGCGACAGUUUUUACCGACCUGGAAGUAUUGUCCGUGCUUUUCGCCUGCGCAAUCCAUGACGUGGAUCACCCUGGAUUAACCAAUCAAUAUUUGAUCAAUACAAAUGAUCAGCUGGCAAUACUGUACAAUGACGCAUCAGUGCUGGAAAACCACCAUUUAGCAGUGGCGUUUCGGCUACUGACCAGACCAGGAUGUGAUCUGUUCGAGAAUAUUCCAAGAAAGCAGCGACUCAGUUUGCGUCGAAUGACGAUCGAUAUGGUCUUGGCCACUGAUAUGUCCAAACAUAUGAGCUUGUUAGCGGACUUGAAGACGAUGGUUGAGACGAAAAGAGUCGCUGGCUCCGGAAUACUCACCCUGGAUAACUACAGUGACAGAAUGCAGAUCUUGCAAAGCAUGAUACACUGCGCUGAUUUGAGCAAUCCGACGAAACCGCUCGAGUUGUACCGAAAGUGGAACGCCAGGAUCAUGGAAGAACACUUCCGUCAAGGGGAUCGAGAACGAGAAAGCGGUCUGGAGCUGAGUCCAAUGUGUGAUCGAACUACGGCUUCCAUCGAGAAGACUCAGGUGAGUUUCAUCGAUUACAUCGCCCAUCCUUUGUGGGAAACUUGGUCAGAAUUGGUUCAUCCUGAUGCCCAACAUAUAUUAGACGCGCUGGAUGAUAACAGAGAGUGGUAUCUCAGUCAAAUCGAAGAGGAAUCUAUCAAACCAUGAGACGCAAGAGCAGCAAAAAAUGGGAUGCAAACCACCGGUCUUGCCAUAUCUCUCCAUUCAGAUAGGACGCCGAAUACAAAAUACACGUUUUCAUUCGUGUCGCUCAACAGCGGCUCAAGACUCAGGACCGCCCCAUACCCCCUAACGAAAACAACGCAUCUAUCAGCGUCGUGCACGGACACCAUUGUUAUUAGCAUCUACAGUGUUGCCCGUAUGGAACAAACCCAGCGGAAAAGAUCUACCGGUAGCUUCGAAAGCUUCUUCUGUUUCCUCUGUACAGUCACUAUAAAGGGACAAACAAAAAACUAGGAAAAAUCGAUGGUCGUACGACGCCAAGCACUACCUUUCCUUAACCCAACAUACCGGAUGACAGCAUACACGUCGCACAAGAUAACAGCAACACCGCAAGGUGACCGUUACGUAAAAAAGCAUACAUAAACGCGCGCACACAUACACACACAAACACAAGAACCCAAUAAACGAGGAGGCAGGAAGAACAUGCUCCUCUAACCAACGCAUUGCCAUUGCAAAUGUUUGUAAAAUUGUUUUGCGGAUGCAAUUUGUUGAUAUCUUUGUUAUCAAAUACUAUGAAAAAUUAUCCGAAAAAAAAACAGAGGAAGACAAUUAGUAUCCGAAUCACGUGGAUGGAGGGGUAAUUCAGGUCACAUGUAAUCCAGGCAACCAGGCAAUGGCUGAUAGCCAUUAUUCAAGAGCAUAUACAAACGGGAUUCGAUGUUGCCGAGUAGAGAGCUGGCACCGAAACGCAAAAAUUCCGGUUGAACCCAUUCCGGCCCCAUGUAGUUCAAAACCAAAGCGAGGUAAUUCACCGCAUCCGCAGCAGUUCGCAGUCCCCCUGCAGGUUUGAAGCCAACCUAGAAACAGAGAGGAAGAAUAAAGAUGAAAUCAUUUUUAUCUGUUUUGGCCAGAAAAGCAUAGCACAAUAUAUAGUUAUUUUUGUACC